CGUAGCAAUACACGAGUGAUUGCGCCGAUAACACACACGCCCUUACAGCAGGGAUAACGUGGCUAUACACGUACUUUGACAUUUUCCCUCUGUUUUUAAUCUCAGCCACCACAUCCUUGGCACUGACACAACCGGCUGUAUGGAGUUCAACAACAUUCCAACCAACAUCGUCAGUCGGAUACUGGACCAAUUAGUCGAGUUCUGUGGCACGCCUGACAAGACCCUGGAAGUACGGCGCUCCCUCCUCAUGGCCCGACUGGUCUGUCGCAAAUGGAAUAUGCUUGCCGCGCGACGCCUGUAUCACACAAUUAAACUGGUUCCUAGACAAAGCAUAAGUGAAGACGAGGAUGAGUUCAAAUCAUGGAACAAGAUCCUCGACAAUGCGGCUGCGAGGAGUGCCGCUCAGAGAGUCAUCAUAAGGAGUUGUCCCGACAACUUAUCACGCGACAAGAUUGGGGACUUGGAAGUCUGGGAUGAUUGGAAGAAGGGGAAAUACCCUGGCUUCACUUCGGCUAUCAGCCGCAUUGUUGAGCUACUAAAGAUUGCAGCACUUGAACUGCACUUUUCCGAGGCUUGCCAUGGUCGGGACUUGGAGUCUUGGGAGGACGAAGGCGAGCCGAUUGAGGCCCGGCUGAACACUUUGAAGGCCAUAUUCCAAGCCAUCCAAGACCGCGCGGCUCAGGGCAAUGCAGAGUGUAGCAAGAUUCGAUCCCUCACAAUCUGCAACCUACAAAACGUGCCGCACCACGAUUUCGUCUCGUCAAGCCUGUUCAAAGACGUCGCCAAGGACAUCGAACGGCUACACCUCUUGGUCGUGGAGGAAUACAACGAGCAUGGGCCCGAUUGCGACGUCUUCGUUCAGGAACGUUUGGAGUACGAGCGUCACCUGCAGAACGACAUUCUUCCUCAUUUUGCGGAGAACUUGACGGCCCUGAGCCUGUUCUUCAGAGAGCCUUGGGGCGCCAUGCCGGGCCACUUUGAUGGUGGAGGUCUGGUGUUCCCUCGCUUGAAAACACUAAACUUGGGAAACUUUGUCAUCAAGGACAACAGUCACUUUGACUGGGUUCUCUCGCAAAAGUCGCUGGAAACCUUGCGUAUGGAUAGCUGUUAUAUUCUUUCCUACAUUCGUACCGACACGGAGCACACCGCGAAAUGGAAUCUAAAAACAAAAGACUGGCAGCGGCUACCCAACGGUUCCUACGGGUUUCUUGCUGAAGACGAUGAUAUAUUCAGCUAUGACGGUACGUGGGAGGCCGUCUUCGAUCGGAUUCAUGAGAGGCUCCCGGACCUGAGAGAUCUUCGCGUCGACGAGAACAAAUAUAAUCUGAACUUUUUGCAACGGUCCCAGCUUAGUACCUUGCUGCUUCCGAGUCGGUACAUCGCAUUCGACAUUGGAAUUUUACCUAGUCCAUGGAUCGAAACUAGUAUUGAAGAUGGAGAAAUGGAGUUUGGCGACAAUAACCCAAAUACUGACGAUAUGAAGGAGGACAAUGGCAAAGCCGGAGACGACGACGAAAAUUUCAUCUUGAAUCGCGCUGCUGAGACAAGGAAUGGAGACACGAGAGCAUUCAACGAGCUCCUGGAAGCCUGCCGGGCGAGAAAUUCAGCAUGUUCGUCUAGCCGCUGUGGAAAUCUGGGUGCUAAAUCAUAAUCUUUCUUUUGCAACACUCCGGGUGAAGAAGAAUGUGGUUACUAGAGAGUUCAAAGUAUUUGUAUUUAGAUACAGUUGAAUAGCAUGAGUUGAAGAACCUGGGCCGUCAACCAGGUGACGUGGUCUUUAAUGAUAUCCUCUGCAUCACCAGAAGGACG